GAUGACCACAUUAUCGGAGUUACUGCCGUCGAGAAGUAGAUUGACGAUUAUUAGAGAUGAGCCUGGCUGUUUAGGCCACUUUAUCCUAAUAGAUCAGCUUAAGAAUGCACAGAUGGCACAAUAUCCAACUACUAUACUAGCAACUGAACACUCGAAGGAGCAUUGGAUGGCCUGUGUAAAGAAAUUAGGAUCUCCCUUCCAUGCAUCGACUAGCUACAUUGAUGGCUUGAAUAAGUUAGCAGAAGGCAAGGAGAAUACACUCAAAGAACUUUUAGAGGAGACUACGAAUUCGUUGCGGGCGCACAGGCAGUCUGACACACCUUCUAAGCUCUUGAUAGAUGAUCUAGCCUGCUUAAGCUGGUUAGGCUUCCCAGAUAGCGAUAUUGAAUGGUUUGUUAAGAGUUUACUAAAAAUGGCUGAGGAAAUUGAUGCAGAUAUCGUCACGAUAGUGCACUCACCACAUCAUGCUGCCCUCGUCGAGUCAUUCUCGAGUAUUGCCAUCGUCACUGAACCAUUAUCGACUGGUCCAAGUGCUGAAGUUACUGGUCAAAUAAAGGCAUAUAGAGGUCCGUUAUGGGACUAUACAGAUAGCAAACCUACUGGUUGGAUUGGCUGGGAGAAACAGUUCCACCUUGGUGAUUCCAGCGUGGAUAUAUUCGCGAAAGGAUUAGGCAAGAGUGUAAUAUAAUCUACAGGCUAUAUAGAUUUUGUCGCUGUAAUUUUAAUUUAUUAUAUUCCG